AGUCACAGAUCACUUAGAGACAGUAAACAUUUGGUCCCAGCAGCCAUGCUCAAGGCCAUGAAGGCUGCUGUGCACCCUGUGGUGACGGAGGAGCCGAGCCGUGCUCGAGCUGUGGUUCGAAGCACAGCGGCCUUUAUCCUAGGCUUGUCCCUGGCCACAGUCUAUGGACUCCUGGAACUGCUGGUGGAAAGACACAGCCCCUGGGGCUGCCUGGUGGGCACCCUCACUUUGGGCACCUUCCUUAGCCUGGGCAUGGCAUUCUCCAACCAAGUCCGAGUCACUGUCUUCCUGUUGUUGCCCCAGGCCUUCUCCACACAGGGCCGGACAUUGCUCUUGGUGGCUGCUUUUGGGUUGGUGCUGCAAGGCCCUUGUGCCAACACCCUGCGCAACUUCACCCGGGCCAGUGAGGCCGUGGCCUGUGGGACCGAGCUGGCCUUGAACCAGACGGCUGAAAUGCUGGAGCGGGCCAAGCAGCCCCUCAUCAGUGCGCUGAACAAGAUUAAAGCCAUUGUCCAGAGGGCCAAAGAGGUGGCUGACCGGGUACGCAAGUUCUUUCGGUCAAUCAUGGAUGGCGUGAAGCAUGUAGCCAGGGCUCUGCGGAACGUCUGGUACUGGCUCCUGCACAUCGGCGACGUGUGCAACUCCGAGCUGGGCAGCCCCCACUCUAAGUGUACACGGGUCUUUGACGAAGGCAAGGACAACUGCAUGAAGAUCAUGGCGCAUAGCAGCUCCAUGUGCUUUAUUCUCGUACCCUUCAAGGUGGUGCUCUGUGGACUUGCUGGUGUGGCCCAGGUGUUCUGUGUCAUCCCCAAGCACAUUCAGUCCUUCUUGAAGAAGACCGUCCGCACCCCUGUGAUGUGGUUGAUUAAUCGGGUGCGUAGAGAGUUCGAGUUCAACGUGACAGCCAACCACCACUUCUCCGUGGAUUUCAAUGCCUCUCGGAGCCUGUCCCAGGUAGCGCUGGACCUCCACGAGGCCGUCAGCACGAAGCUGCACCACUUCCGGGAGGCCCUGGCUCUGAUGGGCUAUACCACACCGCUACUACUCACCAUUCUCUACCUCCAAGCCCUACAUUAUCGGUAUUGCUACCUGAGCUGGGAUCAUUUCGACAACGUCUACAUCACCAGCCGCUUCUUGCGUAUGGAGGCGGUGCGCACCAAGGCGGGACUACCCACCGUGAUGCCACUCAGUGCCCAGGAGGCCACACACUACAUCCAGCCAGGCUCCAUCUUCUUGUCCCAGCGGGAGCAAGUUUUUUACUUCCUGGCGACCUUUAACCUGAUCCGGCACCUCCUCCUUGUGCUGCUCCUGGUCUUCCUGGACUACUCUGUCUUCUGGGUGCUGGAUCUGGCCCGGCAUCAGCUGCAAGGGGAGGUCGUGGCCCGCAGCCCUGUAUUAGUUUCCAUAACUGUGGAAGGCGUCGGCUAUACCGGGAGGAUUUACCAGGAUCUGGUGUCGGCGUUUGAUGUCCUGCAGCAAGGCAACAUCAGCAUCUUGUCGCAGCGCUGUGCCCUGCAUCCCUCUGAGCCUGACAGCUCCAGUUACCUCGCCAUUGGCAUCAUGUACGGCCUGUGCUUCUUCGUCUCUUUGUUUGGCAACUAUGUGAGUCGGCUACGACGGGUCAUCUGUGCCUGUUACUACCCUUCUCGGGAGCAGGAGAGGAUCUCCUACCUCUACAACGAACUACUGAGUCACAGAACCAACCAGUCGGCUGCCCUGCACCGAACAGUGCUGCGGCGGGCAGCUGACCUGGGCCACACGAGUGUCCUCCAGGUGCUGACCAAGUGGUGCCCCGGCCUGGUUCCCUUUAUUAAGCAGUCUUGGCUGCACCAGACCUACUGCCUGGGCUGCGGGCAGCCACAGGACGAGCGUGACAUAGAGAAGUUUGUGUCCUGCAGUACCCCAGGCUGCAAAGGUCUCUUCUGUGCCACCUGCUUCCGCCUCCUAGACAACACCUGCUCUGUGUGUGCAUCCCCUCUUACCCACCAGGGGCAGCUGGACCUGGAGCUGGACUCCAGUGACGAAGAGGGCCCCCGGCUAUGGCUGGCUGCAGCUCGAAGGAAAGACCCUCAGCAGGCACAGGUACUGCGAAGACGACUCCAAGAGGCACUGGGCAGGAGCCUCUCAUCAGAGUCCAGUUCGGAGCUCAGUGACCAGGAUGAGAAGAGGCCCCUGCAGAGGCAGAGGAGGCACAGGAAGCUGCACCCACCUAAGACCCAGUCUGUCAGCAUUCCCAUGCCUCCUCAGCACCCCUGACACCUCAGUAAUCCUCUGUUCCCAAAGCAGCCCCUCCCCAGCUUCAGAAUCCCCAGGCCCUGUGUCCCAUCUCCGGCUCCUCUUGAUCUCUCCCACCAACUCCACAAUAAAAGAACCAAAGGUAGACA